AUGAUAAAAGCUUCUUCUUUUUCUCUCAAUUCAGGUCUUUUUUAAGACUUAAUUACAAAAUUUGUUGUUCCUAAGUAACAUUAGAAAGAAAAAUUAUAUUUUUUAAGUGGAGAUCCUACUUACUAUGGGCAUGUUGAUCUUAAGAUGUCAAAUUAGGGCUAUGAAAUUAUUAAGUAGGCAAUUAUGAAUCCUAAUAAUCAUUCCUUACCUAGUCAAUCUGAAGGUACUUUUGAAGCUAGAUGUGCAGUUGCUAAGCAUUUUUAAGGACCUAACAUGCAAUUAUCUGCAAGUAACGUGAUCUUAACUCAUGGAGCUAACAUGGGUUUGCUAAAUGUUCUUUACUCUAUCACCAAUCCUGGUGAAAAUAUUCUAGUUCCAGAGCCUGGUUAUCCAUUUUAUCAUUUGACUGCUCCUUCAAUGGGAGUAGAGAUAAGACCUUACAAGCUGAUAUCAGAAAAAAGCUUUGAAAUAGAUUUAGAAUAUUUGCAAACAUUAGUAGAUGGAAAAACACGUUUCUUAUGGAUUGUAAAUCCAUCUAAUCCUUGUGGGUCCAUUUUUUCAAGAGAUCAUAUGGAAAAAAUAUUUGAAUUUUGUCAAAAAAAUAAGAUUUUUAUCAUUAGUGAUGAAGUUUAUUGGAAUGAGUCUUUCCUUAAUUACGAAUUCAUUUCUUUUGGGCAUAUGGCCACAGAGUAAGUUCCUGUAAUUGUGUUAGGAGGAGUAGAAAAAACAUUCUUAGUUCCUGGCUGGAGUAUUUCUUGGAUGAUCUUCUUUGAUAAGGCAGAUAGGUUGAGAUUAAUAAGAAAUGCUGCUGUGCCAUUAACAGACUACUUUGAAGGUCCUUGCUCAUUCAUGCAAAGUGCAUUACCCAAACUUUUGGACACACUAACUCCCAAUUAUACUAAAAAUUUUAUGGGACUGUUUGAAGAUAAUUAUAAUUAUUUAUACAAAGAAUUUGCUAACAUACCAGGGUUGACACCAAUAAAAGCAUAAGGAACUUUUUACAUAGCAGUAAUCAUAAAUCUAGAAUAAUUCAAAGGCUUUUAAAAAGACCUAGACUUUCUUCAAGCUUUACUUACAGAAGAGAAUGUUUGGAUUCUUAAUUUAAGUGCUUUUAAUGGAAACAUUCAUGGAUUUAGAAUGAUGACAUGUGCCACUUAAGAAAUAUAUGAAAAGCUACUUCCUAGAAUUAGAGAUUUCUGUGAUCGUCAUCAAAAAGAAGUAAGCUCCUGA